CCCAAGAGAACAAGGGCAACAUUCACUCUCUGGAACUCGAGAGUUUCUGCUCAAGCGCAGGGAACUGGGAACGGAGGAUAAGGGAAGAGACAUAAGUACACCGGGCAAUGGCGUUUUCGGCAACGUCUUUUUUUAUUUCCUUUUCGCUUAUUUGUCUUCUGAAAAGGACGCACGUUUCAGCUUUCAACCUUGAUACAGUCAAUGUCUUGAGGAGGAACGGAGAACCCGGUAGCUUGUUUGGCUUUUCCCUCGCCUUGCAUAGGCAGUUACACCCUGCUGAGAAAAGAAUAUUGCUUGUCGGAUCUCCUCGGGCCAAAGCUUUGAAAAAUCAGAAAGCCAACGUAACAGGAGGCUUGUACAGCUGUGAGAUUUCGCCACAGCUGGGCGACUGUAAACGUAUUGAGUUUGACAAUGAAGCUGAUUUAUCAAGUGAAAGCAAGGAAAACCAGUGGAUGGGGGUGACAGUCCAAAGUCAGGGACCAGGAGGCAAGAUUGUGACCUGUGCUCAUCGGUAUCAGAGGCGAAUGUUUGUGGGCUCGGCGCAGGAGUCCCGCGACAUUACUGGCCGCUGCUACGUUCUGAGUGAAAACCUCCAAAUCAAUGAAGGUUCAGAGGAGGACGGGGGCAACUGGAAAUUCUGUGAGGGCCGAACACGAGGCCACGAGAGAUUUGGCUCCUGCCAGCAAGGCUUGUCCGCCACCUUCACAAAGGAUUAUCACUAUGUUGUAUUUGGUGCACCUGGCGCCUACAACUGGAAGGGGAUUGUACGAGUAGAGCAAAAGAACAGUACUCUGGUGGACCUGGGGAUAUAUGAAGAUGGCCCAUAUGAAGUCGGUGAUGAAACUCAGUUUGAUGCAAACCUUGUGCCUGUACCAGAUAACAGUUACUUAGGAUUCUCUUUGGACUCUGGACACAACCUUAUCCAAAAGGGUCAACUGACAAUUGUGUCUGGCGCACCAAGAGCCAAACACAGUGGAGCUGUUGUCUUGCUGAAGACCGGUGGGACCGAAUCUAGGGUCCUGAAUAAAGAAUUUGUUCUAGAAGGCCCAGGCUUGGCAUCGUCCUUUGGCUACGAUGUAGCUGUGGUUGACCUUAAUUCAGAUGGCUGGCAAGAUAUUGUUGUAGGUGCCCCACAGUAUUUUGUCAAAGAUGGUGAAACUGGUGGAGCAGUGUACGUUUACAUCAACAAGAAUGGCAAAUGGGACCAAAUCACACCCAUUCAACUCAACGGAACCAAAGAUUCCAUGUUUGGGCUGGCAGUUGAAAACAUCGGAGAUAUUAACUUGGAUGGGUUUCAGGAUAUUGCUGUUGGUGCGCCUUACGAUGACGCAGGUUCAGGGAAGGUUUAUAUUUACCACGGAUCGAAGAGUGGUAUCACCACCAAGCCAGCCCAGGUCCUAGAGGGAAGAGACCAUAAUAUCAAAUUAUUUGGAUAUUCCUUGGCUGGGAACAUGGAUUUAGAUAGGAAUUCCUAUCCUGAUAUUGCCAUUGGCUCUCUCUCAGAUUCUGUAUUUGUGUACAGGUCAAAGCCGGUUGUAAACAUUGUAAAGGAAAUUACUAUAACGCCUAAGGACAUUGACCUAAAAAAACCUGCGCCGUGUCUUGAUGGAAAAGGCUUUUGCUUAACAGUUAAAGCCUGUUUUGAAUAUACAGCAAAUCCAAAAGACUACAACCCUCGAUUGACUAUGGACUUUACAUUUGAGGCGGAUUCAGACAGAAGAAAAAUUAAUCUGCAACCGAGAGUAUCAUUUUCAGAAAGGAAGGCAACGGAUCCUGACAACCAGUAUAGUGGAACUCUAGAGCUAAGAGGGCAGAAUCAGAAGAAGUGUAUUCAAGCAGAAGGAAAGCUGCAGGAUACAACAGACAAGCUGAGAGGCAUUCCAAUAGCGGUUUCAGUCGCAAUCAAAAAUGCCAAACGGAGAAAAAGACAAAGCGCUCUCGCAGAGCUGGUUCCUGUCCUGAGUUCGGAACUGCCAACUCGUUCAGAGGUUAACUUUGUGAAGGAAGGCUGUGGGACGGAUAAUAUCUGCCAGAGUAACUUGGAUUUCAAGUAUAAAUUCUGUUCUAGAGAGCAUAAUCGCGAUGUAUUUCACCCACUACCUGUGGAGAAUGGGGUCCCAGUGAUAUCUCUCAGUAAUCAGGAAGAUAUUGCUCUGGAGGUAACGGUGACUAACAUGCCUUCACGUGACAGAGAUGGGGAUGAUGCCUAUGAAGCCAAGCUUGUGGCCCUGCUUCCUGACACGCUGUCCUACUCCGCUGCACGGACUCUGAAUGCGCCUUCAGACAAGCAAGUGACCUGCACAGCCAAUCAAAAUGGAUCUCGUGCAGACUGUGACUUGGGAAAUCCAUUCAAAAGCAAAUCAGUAGUCACUUUCUACAUAAUUCUGAGCACUUCGGGUAUUACUUUGGACACCACACAAGUUGAAAUUGACCUUCAGCUUGAAACGGCAAGUGAACAGAAGAACCUGCCUAAACUAAAAGCAAAUGCUAAAGUAUUAAUAGCAUUGCUCCUGUCAGUCUCUGGUGUGGCACGGCCUUCCCAGGUUUACUUUGGAGGAACUGUGAAAGGAGAGAGUGCCAUGAGGAAGGAAGAUGAUAUUGGGAGUUUAGUUGAUUAUGAAUUCAGGGUGAUCAAUUUGGGAAAGCCGCUGAAAUCAUUUGGCAGUGCUUCUCUGAAUGUUCAGUGGCCAAAAGAGGCAGCAAAUCAUAAAUGGUUGUUAUACUUGAUGAAAGUUAGCGCUACUGGUACAAAGAGAAUAGACUGCACUCCUCGAGGGGAGGUAAACUCUUUAAAUUUGACACCUUCCAGCAGUUCUAGGAAAAAGCGUGAAACUGAACAAAGACAAACACCAGGGGAGGGAAAAUUUUCCCUUUUCAUGGACAAAAGAAAAUACACCACUCUGAGCUGUGGCAAUGGAACACAAUGUGUGGAGAUCAGGUGCCCGCUACAGGGAUUGGAUAACAACCCAAUCAUUGUUCUAAGGUCAAGACUCUGGAACAGCACCUUCCUUGAAGACUAUUCAACCCUGAAUUACCUUGACAUUCUUGUCAAAGCCUCUCUCAGCCUUGACGCCUCUGCAAAGAACAUUGUGCUUAAAAAUGCAGAAACUCAGGUGAAAUUGACAGUCUUCCCGGAAAAGACAGUGGCAAAGUACACAGGAGCACCCUGGUGGAUUAUCUUGGUUGCCAUUCUUGCUGGAAUCCUGAUGCUGGCUCUACUGGUGUUCCUGCUUUGGAAGUGUGGAUUUUUCAAGCGCUCCAAGUACGACGACAGUGUUCCCCGAUACCACGCCGUUCGGAUACGGAAGGAGGAGCGCCAGUUUAAAGACGGAAAGACCAAACUUGUCAAACUUGAAAAAAAACAGUGGAUGACCACUUGGAAUGAGAAUGAAAGCUAUUCCUAAGACUUGUUAUCACUUUGGCGGUGUUAUGGAAAUCCCAAUGGAUGCAAAGCUCCUCAAUGACAUUCCAAAAGACAGAGGUUCUUUAUUUUGAAUGGGCUUAAUGUGAUUGUAUGGAUUUUUUUUUAAAGGGCCAUUUACAUUCAAUUUGCAUUCAGAAAUUUACCCUUCAUUACAGUAACAGCUUAAAAUCUGUAUAGAACUACCAUUAAAUCACACACCUUGUCACUUAGACAGAAUAAAGCUCCUUAGGUUUUGAUUUUGUUUUUUCCUGUUUUAAAACUUUGCUGUAACCAUCAUGCUAUUGUAUGCAUCUUGUCUGUGUAGGGUGAUCAUUUGGGUUGAAUCCUUUCCUUAUCUUUAAAGCAGAAAUAUCCACACGGGAUGCAGUUAUGUGUUUAAGAUGUCCCUGGACAUCCUGCAGUUCUCUAUGUUCUAUGGGUAUAUAGGUUUUUCAGCUGUAGCACCAGGUUGAAACUUCCAAGACGAUUUGUUUUUUGACCUCACUGUUUUAAUCUGUUAAAACAGAUCUUCAAGAUCUAUUUUUAUGUAUAGGCUGGAACAUUUUGUAUGUUUUGUAUAUAUUUAAAUAUUUUUAGCACAAUCUGGUAUUUAUUUUGACAUAGACUGUUCUUAAAAUACACAUAGGCCAAAGAUUCCUGUUGCUCAUUUUGAUGAAAAGUGUUAUGCAGAGAUCAAAUGAACCUAAGGUACCAUAAUGAUGAUUUGGGAGAAAGGUGACUGCUGCACUAGAAAAUGUAACCUAGGGCUUUCGUUUGUAACCACACUACUGACAAUUACAUUUUUUUUCACUUUUAAUGUACAUAGUAAGUCAACUGUCUUUGUCUUAAGUGCCGUUUUCUUCAUUUAGUUGCCUUUCCUCUCCAGUGUUCUGCACAGCCUGAAACCAGUCUGUACGUUCUGCACGACCUGAAACCAGUCUUUCAGGAUUAUUUCAGAUUUUCACUUUGUAUUACAGUAUGUUGCUUCUGCUCACAAUCUGCAUGGUAAGAUUGUAAAGGACCUUCAAAAACAAAAUUAAUUCAGUGCAAUCAUGGCAUAAUAUGCAAUAUUGGCACCGUAUUUUAUGCCCCCUUAGCACUCAUUCCUCUACUCCAGAACAAAGGAAAAUGUAUUAUUGAAUAUUCUUGACAAAAAUAAAUCAAUGUGAACUACAAUUGUGAAGUUCAGAGAAGCAAUUAUUUUAACUGUUUGCAAAAUAACAAUAUAAACAUGUAGAAAGAAUUGGAAACCUAUUAAUAGGUCAUGUAAAUAGUUUAUAAUUGGCUUAAGAUGUCUUUAGGAAGCUAAAAAAGCUAUAGUGGGGAUAUAGCUUUGUUGAUGUUUUUUCAGUUUGGAAAUUUGUAUAGUGAACAGGGCUUCACCAUACAGUUACUUACACUUCAAAAACCUUUAUCUGUCAUCAGUGCAUUAAAAAAGGCUCAUCACUGACUCGUGUCUCAAAUUGAUCCAUCUUUUCCAAACCUGGCUCCAAAAACUCUAACCUGUGGAUUUGUUUUGUAAUUAAAAUAACAGAAAUAAAACUUAUUUUCAUUUUUGA